AUGUUCGAAAUCCCAUUAGAAUGUGCUGGAUACUUUAUAGUGAUGAAAAAGAAGAAAAUGCCCAAAGACCAUACAACACCGAUGUUAGUGGCCGUGCUAUCGAUUUUUUUGAUAGCCGAAUUGCCGCAGGGCGUGAUGUCCGUUCUAACUGGCAUUUAUUCCAGAGAAACAUUCCAUCAAAAGAUAUAUUUACCACUUGGCAAUCUGAUGGAUUUGUUAUCGUUGAUUAAUUCAGCUGUUAAUUUCUUGAUUUACUGUGCGAUGAGUCGCAAAUUUCGUAUUGUUUUCUUGCAGCUCUUCCUUCGAUGCCUUCCAUCUGUUUUCUUUAGAGAUGUUGAUGACUUCAGCAAAAAUGAAGCUUUUGAGUAUUCGCGAUCGCGUGCUCGCACUGCGGACUACACCAGGAGUGAGCAGUUUCCACUAACGUCAACGCAUCGUCCAAGUGCGACCUCGAUGCUGAUCAGUUUUGGAGGUAAUCGCGAUGGUCAAGUGGUGCAUCGACGUUAUGGAGACACUUUAGCAGUUGGCUUGCCAUCCGCCUCAGUGGUUAACAGCCAACAACACAAAAUCUUGAGUGCUGGCCGCCCUCCUCAACAUCGCACUAAUACCAAUCGUAAUCACGUGAAUAACACCAACCCUCGACGUCGCUUAGUGAAAGUUGGAUUGUUUCAUUCACCCAGGAAUAGCAUCGAGCUGGAACGACAAUUUCAGGAUUCAAUAAGGCGCUUGAAGAAACCAACCGCAAUCGCUCAUAUCAAACCAGUGAGCAGAUUAAAACGAAUAUUCUCGAAGCAAACUAAACAACCACCAUUAAUGGAUGAUUUGAGUCUGCAGUGCACCAUGGAUAAUGUCACGAAAGCGGAGAAAAAUGGUGCCGAUUUGUCAUUUCAAUUCGAAUCGAAUUCACUCAAAAUUAAUGACCACUCAUAG